UGGAGAAUAGACAUUUUACUAACAUUAUCAUUUCCGUAUUUCAACUGAUUACUACUACGAAAGAAGGAACAUUUUGGCUGCGGUCCCAAGUCCAACUCCAUCACUGCUCGAAAACCCUCCUCCACCUGAAACCACCAACGCCACCGCGAUUUGAUUCUUCGGCCCACCUAAACCCUAGUUCUCUCCGCCGAUAUCUCUCUCCUCUAUUCCCCACUUCUUCUCUCUAUCUCCCGUCUCCCCUUCCUUCGUAUGGCCUUAUAGCGCCCGCGAUUGCAUCAUCGCCGCAUUCCAACGCGACAUCCAUCCAAUGGACUCUCGCCGAGUUUCGCGGGCCGUGAGCGACCCGAAGGUCCGUCAAGUUGGGUUCUUCGCUCCCGGAGCCCCGCCGGACCGUUCCCAAUCGGGUCCGCCCGAUCCAACGUCAUCCUCUCCGCCCGUAUCCGAUAUAUCCCCGUCCGGUAACUCGCUGUCUCCCGUGAUGAUUCCGCCGCCGCGCCACUUGUCGUCUGACCUCUCUCGCGCGGCGGCUCACUUCCCUCCGGUUCCGCUCUCCCCGUCCCCGCUCCACCGCGACUCCAUCCCGGUCGGCAGCUACAAUCCCUCGGAAUUCACUUCCCCUACUGCGUCUGACUUCACCGAGGAUGCUCUUUCGCUGAGCCGAGCUGGCAAGGGAGAUUCUGGAAAGUUCGCGACCUCGCUUCCUACUGGUGGAUUCGACAUGACGGGCGCUAAGCAGAACAACAGCUUUCGCUCUGCUGGUUUAACCACAGUUUCCAUUGUGAACGAACCUCCAGAGGUAGCAGAGAAAGAUGGACGAGCAUCUGCUGCAGCACAUAAAGAGCGAGCAGCAAGUUCAAAACCAUUGAAGGAGAAAACCACCAAGGCUGAAAGGCGCGCCAUUCAGGAGGCUCAACGGGCUGCAAAAGCUGCAGCUAAAGCUGAUGGAAGUAAGAUUGCUCCUGCUGCUUCUGGAGAAGUUACUUCUGCAAGUGCAAACUCUGGAAAGGCUUCUAAGGCUCCUAUUCAAAGGAAAGACAGCUCUCCAGUUCCAACUUCUGAAAAAAGAGGUAGUGAUCGUCCAGCUGAUAAAGAUAGGAAAAAAGACGUGCCUCAUCCACGCAUGCAGUUUGAUGACAAGAGCCGCGUGGAAAAGGCAAAGAAGCGUUCAGUAGUAACACAAACUGAAGCAAGGAAUAGGGUUGAACUAUUUAGACACCUGCCUCAAUAUGAACAUGGAACACGGCUUCCUGAGCUUGAGUCAAAGUUCUUCCAACUUGAUCCAGUUCAUCCUGCUGUAUUUAAGGUUGGGCUAAGGUACUUGGCUGGAGAUAUAUCUGGUGGUAAUGCCCGCUGUAUUGCUAUGCUUCAAGCUUUCCAAGAAUCAAUCAAAGACUACUCGACCCCACCAGAAAAGGCUCUAAUCAGGGACUUGACUACAAAAAUUAAUUGUUACGUGUCAUUUCUAAUUGGAUGCAGGCCACUCUCAAUCACUAUGGGAAAUGCAAUUAGGUUUCUUAAAACUAAGAUUGCCAAAUUACCUUUGACUUUGUCAGAAUCAGAAGCAAAAGUAACUCUUAUAACAGAUAUUGACCAUUUUAUAAAUGAGAAGAUAAUAAUUGCAGAUAAGGUAAUAGUCAAACAUGCAGUAACCAAGAUCAGAGAUGGUGAUGUUCUUCUCACAUAUGGAUCAUCUUCUGCUGUUGAAAUGAUAUUUUCACAUGCUCAUGAGCUUGGUAGGGACUUCCGUGUUAUAGUAGUGGAUUCACGUCCAAAACUUGAAGGGAGAUUACUGCUUCGUAGGUUGGUUGCAAAGGGUAUUAACUGUACAUAUACUCAUAUAAAUGCGGUUUCCUACAUUAUGCAUGAAGCUACUCGAGUAUUUCUGGGUGCCGCAUCAAUUUUGUCCAAUGGAACUGUUUACUCAAGGGUUGGCACUGCAUGUGUUGCUAUGGUUGCUCAUCAAUUCCGUGUUCCUGUCCUGAUAUGUUGUGAAGCAUAUAAAUUUCAUGAAAGGGUUCAACUUGACUCAAUUUGUUCUAAUGAACUUGGUGAUCCAGAAGCAAUUGCAAAUGUUCCUGGUGGUAAGGCAGUCAAACAUUUGGAUAAUUGGUCUAGUAGUGAAAAUCUACAACUUCUGAAUCUGAUUUAUGAUGCAACACCAGCGGAUUAUGUGUCAAUGAUAAUCACAGAUUAUGGAAUGAUUCCUCCAACAAGUGUUCCUGUCAUUGUUCGAGAAUACCGCAGAGAACACUUGUGGACUUAGAGGGCACCAGGAAAUGUCAGAGCUUCAAGGGUUAAUACAGGAGCGAUUUUGAUCUCAGCCCGGUGUCAAUUGCUGUUGGAGUCCCCUAUCUUGCUGAGGAAGCAAUUUGAGGCAUCUGCUGUGAACACUAAAAUUUCUUUUGCAUCCGUAGUUUAAUUCUUGGUUCUCGUGGAAUAAUAAUUUGUCUUGUGAUGUACUCGAGAUUUUGGAUUUCCCAUUUUUACAUGACCCCGUGAAGAGAGCGAUUGGUCCGCCUCUCAGGGUAGAGUUUUUGAAACACUUCAAUUUUCUUAAGAGGCUGUUAUUGGAAAACAUCAAUUUUGUUCUCAUUCUUUUCUCCCUUGCUACUGUUUGCAAAGUUGAGAAGUAAAAGCUUUUACAAGUUUUGCUUUCU